AUGGAUGCAAAAUCAACGUUUAUAUUAACUGAUAAGAAAGAUUCAGGAUAUCAACUUAAACAAGAUGAUCCCUCCGCCUUGAAGGAAAUCAUUCAACAAGUCCAGGUUGAAAUAAGUAAGAAAGAUCCGAAGAGCAAAUGGUGGCUUAUUGGUUCGUCGAGCACUGCUAAUGUGACUGAUAGUCAAAUCACAUAUCUAACCCGUCAUCCGGAAAGUAGUUCUGUUUCUGAGGCUUUUUUAAACUUGGCUAAACAACAAAAAAUGAAUACCGAUGUUCGAAGAAGCAUUUUUGUAGUAUUAAUAAGUAGUGAGGACUAUAUUGAUGCAUUCGAGAGACUAUUGAAACUUGGUUUAAAGGAAGUUCAAGCGCGAGAAAUCCCUCGAGAAAAUACACCUAAUCCAUACUAUUCUCUAAUUGCGCAACGUCUUUGUGAUUACGACCACAGUUUUAAAGUAACUUUCAAAUACUGUCUGUGGGACUUUCUCAGAGAAUGUGGUGAAGGUGAUGUUGGUGGGAUAGGUGAAACAAUGAACAACAUACCUGAAAAUAAUUCAUCAGAAAAAAUUUCACUAAGAAGGAUUGUUAAUUUAGCAAAGAUUUUUGCUUGGUUAAUUGUGAAUGGAGGAUUGUCUAUUAUAAUUUUAAAGGUAAAGUCUAAACCAAGCAAACUUAAAAAUCAAUCAGUAGUCUAA